CAGGGUUUAAAUGGAGUCCACCACCUUCAUGGAUAUGAGAGGGCACCAGGUGUCACUGUAGAGUCAUCGAGGAAAUUCCCAAUUUGGCUGUUUUGAUCAGUUGCCAUUGCCAACCUCUAAAUAUUUCACUUUUAAACAUAGUUAAAAUGUGUUUUUAUUAUGAUAAAAUCGUCUACAAAAGAUAAACUUGGUUCCACAUAUUUUGGGAGCUUUGUCACAACCGUGGCUCCUGUCCGUCCAGCAGCCCAAAUAUAUACAUUCGCCAUGACAACUGAAAGAAGGGGCUCUGGGGUUAGAUCACAUCAUAGGACUAUGGUUCAGUCAGUUUGUUUAUGGAAUAGUUGAUGGUACCCCCUCGACUCUCCAGCUGCGCUCAUUUCCGCUCUCUGUCCUUGGCCUAAUUAUGACUGCAGCAGCAGUCAGUGGUUUGUAAUGUAGCAGAGGAUGUGAAGUCCAGUGUUGGUGCAGGAGGUUAGGCUAGCUGUGCUACUGCUAGUGGAGUAGACGCCCAGGAGAGGUUUCCUGCUGCCCUGCCAGGUGCUCCUCCUAUGAGGGCCUCAUAGUAACAGUACUUAUUAAGCACGGACUCUCACUGUAACAAAGCUGGGUUGAGGAAAGAACUGGCUGAACUGAACCUGUCUGAUGCCCUUUUUUACUUAAAUUGUCUCUGUAAAAGGCAAGGUUUUAAAAGCAGAAAGUACUACAUGAACACGUUAUAAUAGUGAUGUGUUCAACAUGUUUCUCUCUUUACUCCCUGAACCCCAGAGCAUCUCCUAUCAGGGAAAGGCCUCUUUCUGCGGCGUGUUCAUUAUUCUAUAGAUUUCAUUUGGUAUUUUUUCCUAUUGUAAAGGUCCUGUUUUGAUUCAAUUCACCAGGGCAGUGGUGGAAAACGUACCCAAUUGUCAUACCUGAGUAAAAGUAAAGAUGCCUUAAUAGAAAAUGACUCAUGUAAAAGUGAAAGUCACCCAGUAAAAUACUACUUGAGUGAAAGUCUCAAAGUAUUUGGUUUUAAAUGUACGUAUGUGUCAGUAUCAGAAGUAAAAAGUAAAAGUAUAAAUCAUUUCAAAUGGAUUAUUUAAGCAAACAAAAAGGCACAUUUUAGACUUUUUUUUUUUUAAUGGGGCACACUCCAACACUCGGACAUAAUUUACAAAUAAAGCAUUUGUGUUUAGUGAGUCUGCCAGAUCAGAGGAAGAAGGAAUGAUCAGGGAUGUUCCCUUGAUAAGUGAGUGAAUUGGACCAUUUUCCUGUCCUGCUAGCCAUGCAAAAUGUAAUGAGUACUUUUGGGUGUCAGGAUAAAUGUAUGGAGUAAAAGGUACAUUGUUUUCUUUAGGAAUGUAGUAAAGUAAAAGUUGUCAAAAAUAUAAAUAGUGAAAUAGUAAAUUACAGAUACCCAAAACAACUACUUAAGUAGUACUUCAAAGUAUUUUUACUUAAGUAUUUUACACCACUGCACCAGGGUAUAAAGAAGCCAUUGAUUAGGAAUGACCUCAAGUAAGUUGAAUGUCAGAGCAAACAAACUGGCCUAUUUUUAGGUGGCAUAACACUGAAUAUUGGUCAUUAGAAUGAGUGCCUGCUGCACGCUGCUGGAUAACGAAGUAUCUAACUACUUAAAGAAAGUAUUGCUUAAUGCUCUGAACUAUGAUAGUGGAGUGUAAAUAUCCAGUAGGCCUGACUCCCUUACCUGUACAUACGUAGCUGUUUUAUCAUCAGCUGUAGAUUGAAUGAAAUAUCAAGUGUAUGGUGGGUUACAUUUUCUAGGCUAUUACCAGCCUAGCGGCCCAUUCAGUCACAGUAAGCUUUAUGUGUUUGUGUCACCAUCCCUGUUGGAUAACUCUGGAACUUUCUGUUUACAGCUCUUUGCGAUAAAAUGUUCCCCUCUGAAUCAUAGGCACCACUGUGUAAUGGUGCCACACAGCCCGUCCCCCUCUCGCCUCCCCACUAAACAGGACACUCUCUGUCAGGCAGCUACACCAGCAACUCCCACACUAAAGUCCCUUUGAAAUGCAAGUUCGUUUUUUUUUUGUGUACUUAGUGUAAUAUGCAGUGUGCAGCUUAAUAACCCUCAGAUUCACUGGAGCAAAAAGCAGUGUCAGUAGGUAUGGUUGCCUUGGCCCAUAAUCUGUUUGUCUGAUUCAAUUUUUGGAUUGGGAGGAGAAUCAAAGUAUUUUCAAUUGAUGUAGGCUAUAAGUAGCCACAGUGUAUUGGGUAAAAGGAAGGAUUCAUUUUGAAAUGGACUGUGUGUAGGUGGUCUGGAUUCUCAGUUCCAGUAGAUGGUUUAUAAUGAAUGUCUUGUCACAGCCUAGUAGUUAUGUCCUGGGAUUCUAUUUAUUUUUCUAUGCAUUGCAUGUGUAUUGUGCCUGGUUGUCAUGCAAUUAUUCCAAAACUCCUAACCUUGUGUAGGUGGGUGUGCUUCGCACUAUCAGGUGAUUCUGCAGUAGUUUUGGGUUACAGCAUGGGCUGACUGAUUACAGUGGGCAUGCAUACCUCUCCUCUCAGAAAAGGUGCGCCUGUCUCUCUGUACCUGACUAUAGCACACCUGCUCAUGUCAGUCAGCCACACAAUGGACAGGUUGUUGCAGUGCUGUGGAGAGCUCUGCAGAGGGGGUCUCUUCUCCUGGUUGCUUUCAUCACUCCUAUUAGACUGGGUGAAGGAAUGCACAGGCCACGGGUUCCCUCUGCUCUCCUGCUUGGGUAGCCAUCAGGUUAGGCCUAAAUGAGGCCCUUUUGUCUCUUAAUGGGUGCAGGAGCGCCACACCUGCAUUAGGCUAGCACAAGUUUACUUAUCAUGCUCUGCCCUGGGGCCUCGUGGAGGAGCGUACUGGAGGAGAGAUGCACAGAUGUCUACCCCCAGUCGUGAAUCCAUACGUCCAAUGACCAGGCCCCCUGACAUCAUCCUUUUCACAGCUGUCUUGCUCAACUGCCUUACAGGAAUGUACAAAAUGUAACGUAUUUAAAGAAUUGUUGUGUAAUCAGUAUUCUCUCUUAUACAUGUACAAUUAUGGGCAUUUAGCAAACAAACAAGUGCUCUUUGAAUGGACCAUUUGAAGGGUUACUGAUGAUUGAGUGUGUGAGUGUACCAGCCAAGGUUUUUAGGACACUAGUGUGAGGAAUUCAGUGGAGGCCUGACCUAUAGAGCGGGUGUCAUGAGCUGGGUUAGGGUGCAUCACAUGUGCACAGCUGACUCUACACUGGGUAGAUGUUUACCCAAAUACAUGUGACGUUGCUCCCACAGUCACUGUUAUAUACUGUACCUCAGAAUGCAAGUCACAUGCAGUACUUGUCAGACAGUUAUGUACGAGUGUCUUUUUUUUAAUUGUCUGCUUUUAGUGAAGAAAAUAGUAGUAGUACUUUAGAGGACUCUCAUUAUACAGUACACCAGUCUGAUAAAGUUGACUUGAUGAAACUGUCUGUUUGCUAUGAUACGGUAUGGAAUACUUACUCACACCCACAAACCCAGUUACACUGAUUUACGUGUUCAGGGCAGGUCUGUUUGGAUUACUGACUGUCAGUCUUUAGGACAUUAGAACACCUCUUCCUGAGUGCUGUGUAGAUACUGUAGACUUCCUGUUUACCCACUUCUUCACCAAUGAUACAUGAGUAUACCCAUCAUCAUUGGCCCUUCUCGGCACUACACAGGGUACUUACAGGCAUCAGGGCUGCCAACAAUAUCAACAUGUCCACAGACCAUCUACAGACUGUGAGUAGACCAGAAAUCAAGCUGUUAUAAAAGCCUCCAAAUUAGUAAAGCUGCUAACUACUGUCAUACAGUAUAGAUGGGUCAGACUGCAGACACAGGAGUGGAUAGGAGUAAAUCUGGGUGGUUGUUUGUUGGUGUAGAUUAAGACUAGGCUGAGUAGAUUAAGACUAGGCUGAGUAGAUUGAAACUAGGCUGAGUAGAUUGAGACUAGGCUGAGUAGAUUGAGACUAGGCUGAGUAGAUUGAGACUAGGCUGAGUAGAUUGAAACUAGGCUGAGUAGAUUGAGACUAGGUUGAGUAGAUUGGAAAGGGACAGCAUUGAUAAAUCGCCAGGGCUCCUGACACCCCUGUUUUGGAAAUGUUUGUCAAUCUGACAAACAAUGGCUGGCUGAAGGCCAGGGGGGACUUGCCAAACCACGGCCAGCACACACAUCCUGCCUUUGUGGGCCAGGAAUGCCAGGAAUCUAGACAGCUGCCCUCCUCCUCCCACCCCUCCCUCCCCAAAAAGGUGCUCUCUCUCAAACAUCCCCAGUGUCCCAGUGGUUUCAGCCCAGUAGCCUGGGUGUCUGGGUGUUUGUGUAAGGCGCUGCUUGUGGCUCACCUCUCUCUCCCUCCAUUCCUCCUCUCUCUCCACAGUGCUCCUCCGUCCUCACAUCAGUGGCAGGCAGGUUAGUAGCAACACCUGCUCUCUGUGUUUCACCUCUGCUCCCACCCACUGAUCUUUAUCCACACUGAGAUUCCUGCUGCCUCAACUCUCAACACAUCCAUGGUGGUUUUUAUAUUUGGUUUUUCAUUUUGGUUCAUUCCUUACAAUUCUUGAAUUACUGAAACGGUUUUGUAUUCAAAGAUACUUGUAUUAUACUUUUUUUUUUUACAUUAAUUUUAUUUAAAGAGCACAAAGAGCAUGUAAAGUGCAUACACAACAUAUCUUUGCAGUCUUUACAAAGGAGCGUAGUGAGAUUCACAUGUUAAGGGUACAUUCUGGCUGUAUAAAGCAAACAUUUCAAAAGUCUCAAUAAGAAUACAAUAUGUAAAAACCACUUAAGAAAAAUAACAUAAACAAUCAAACACAAAAACCCAGAAGUGACAGAAUAAGACCAGUACGAUAUGACAGGAACUUUGACCAGACAUCUUCAUACCUAUGCUGUCUAUGUUGAAAGAUUGGUGUAAUUCUCUCCAUGACAGCAAGUUCCACCCAUAGGCCUAACCAUUUCCUUUCUGCUGCUAAAAGAUAUUCUAUCAAUUUAAGUGGAGAGGAGUGGAGUGUAUCCACAGGAACAAUACCUAAGAGGAGAUGACAUGGGCCUGGUUGAGUAAUAAUAUGUGUGAUGUCCUAUAUAAAAUGGAGAAUUUCAGACCAAAAAGACUGGAUUUUCAGACACGUACAAAAUAUAUGUGAUUAAGACACAUGUUUUUUCUGAACCGUUAUUAUUUAUAUUUCGUUUGAAAUUUUUUUGGGGGGGGGGGAUCUGCUUUUGCAGAAGAAGCUGUGUUGUGGUUUUGUCAAGGUGAACUGGGUUAAGUGAGGACAGGUCUGACAAAAUUGAGCAAGGAAAAACAGAAACAGGUCCUAGUUAUUUUCUUUGCUUUCUCCUGUGGUGUGAGAGUCUUGCUAUAUUCACACUCACUCCUCUCUGUCUCGCUCUGCAGGUUUUCAGUGGUCUCAUCAAAUGUUCUAAAUUCCGUUUCCUGUGUUUCAUAACAAUGAGAGCCAAGGCCUAAUGCAGGGCCUUCCUGCCCUCGAACAAAACACUUUUUAUGUCCUGCUGGUAUGACAAUGGGAAUGUUUCGUUUUUCCUACCAAACAUGGGAACCUGUAGAAGAGCCUUUGUUUCCUGGAAUGUGGCCAUUAGGAAAGAGAUGGAGGGAACACAGGAUAUGUGCCCUGCCCUGGGCAAUGCGUUUCAAUGGGAUGGCUGGGGCCAGAGGAGUUGUACGCAGGGAUUUUCUCUGCUAUCUGCAUCACCACUUCCCCUAUUAAAGUGGAUUCUACGCCAGAGUGGGAUUCCCCACUCGUUUUUUCCGUUACACCUGCACUUGUUUUUUUUCUGUUGACAGCAUCAGUCUUACUUGACCCCCAUUGUCAAAUACCGCUCAUACGCCAGAAUGUAGCUACUGUGUCACUCGACAGUAUGGGAAUCCCGCAGCCCUGGGUUCAAAUAGUGUUUGUGUUCAUUCAAAUACAAAUAUUUAAAGGACGUGUUACUUUUUAACCUCAUAUUCAUUAACUCAGCACCACACCAGUGUCUACAUAUGGGAAAAUGGCAUGUUUCUAUGUUCAGUGAUUACAAAGAUAAGAUUAAAGGUCCUAAUGAAGGCUUCUCUGUGACAUCACAGUGUAGGGUUAAAAGUUGUUGUUUUUUACGUUGAUUUUUCAAACCUGCAACAAGUUUCUAGCCAGAUGGAAGAUGUUUUCUAGCUCCCCACGUCACCGCGAAUCUCAUAGUGUUUUUCAAAAUUGUAACUUUGGAUGACGUCAUGGGAUAGAACUUUUUAAAUGUUUGAUUUUUUCUACUAAAUGUAGAAAUGCAUCAUUUUCACACAUGUAGACACUGGUACUGUGAAAAUGGAGAUAAUGAAAAUGAGGUUAAAAAGUGGUUGCCCUUUAAGCUGCACUUGAUUGAGCUUUCAAGGCAAAAUGGGACUGAUGGGGAGAAUUUAAAUUGCAUACUCCUACUCCUCCCGUCCUCUCCCUGCCUCCUUCUCAAAACCCAUUCGAGGAGAAGGUUAGGGUGGAGGGAAAUCUGGCUUCCCAUCUAAUGGGUUUUAAGAGGGAGGCGAGGAGAGAGGACAUGAGGAAUAUGCAAUUGAGAUUCUCCCAUGGAAUAGUCCCAAAAGUGCAAACCACACCAAUCUGGCGCUAAAGAAAGGCUCAAUCAAAUGCUCAACCUAUUUGAAAGAAAUCAAAUACUAUUUGAAGCCACUCCACACUUAGCUUACUUAUUAUGGAUUUAUCAGCAAUGAUCUUUUCUUGUAGUUUCUCAAUAGCAUUGGGGACAUAUGAUAGUAAGCUGUCAGUGCACUGAAGUGCCUACAGAGUUGUUUCGUAAUAUAACCAUGGUUUCUCAGUAUGGUAAUGUAGCAAUGGUGCAAUUUCUUCCUCUCCUACUCCACUCACUCAAUCCCCCCUUGAUUCACUUUCUCUUCCUCCUUGAGAGGAGAGCUGAUGUCACAGGGAGGUGGCGGUCUGCCCAUGUCUAUAAGUACAGGCACCACAGAGGGAAUCUCUAUAUGAAGUGGAGCUAACCCAGCUGAGCAGUGCUGACCCAUGCUGAGAAAAGACACUGCAGGAGAACAAAGAAACACUAUCGACUGGUGUACCUUUUUAGUGCGCUCAAACAGAUGAAGGAAUAAGUGAACUGACAGACAGACUUCUCUCCUCUGGACUCAGGUGCAGGCUCUGGACAGUAUAUCAUCACAGACACUAGGCAUCUAUUCUAGAAUUAACAACCUCCAGGGCGGAAUCUUUAUCUCUAAUUUAAAUUGUGUAAUCUACACCUUCGGGAUGUUUUCUCUGGUUAGUUUGAGACGGACCGUCUCCACACUAUUCGUUCUCCUCUCCAGUGCUGCUGUCAUGGUGGAGAGUGACUGUCCUACCCAGUGCUCCUGUGGCCCCUCACCGCCAUCGUGCCCAGCGGGCAUUAGUUGGGUGACAGAUGCCUGUGGCUGCUGUAAGGUGUGUGCCAGGCAGUUCAACCAGGACUGCAGCCCCAGCCAGCCCUGUGACCACAUCAAGGGCCUGCACUGCCACCUGGGGGCUGGGGGAGACCCAGAGAGAGGCCUGUGCCGAGCGGAGGCCCAGGGCCGGCCCUGUGAGUUCAACGGGCGUGUCUACCAGCAUGGAGAGGACUUCCAGCCCAGCUGCCAGCACCAGUGCAGCUGCAUGGACGGGGUGGUGGGCUGCAUGCCACUCUGUCCCCAGCAGGUACCCUUGCCCGACUGGCGCUGCUCCCAGCCAAGGCUGGCACGGCCCUGGGGCCGCUGCUGUGAGGAGUGGGUCUGUGAUGACAAAAAUAACAUCAGUGAGGACCCAGAGGAACCUCCACAGGCAGCCCUACCUGACCCACAACCCCUCCCAAACCACAUCAACAACCAGCUCCAGGCCCAAGCCCUGGCCCAGCCACACUAUCAGGCCAGCACUGGAGUCACCUUUAGAGAGUUGGUGUCCCUCCCCAGGUCCCAGGUGUUGCUAAGCGCCAGAUGCCUCCCUCAGACCACUGAUUGGACGGAAUGUUCCACCACGUGCGGGAUGGGCAUCUCAAGCCGGGUGACCAAUAACAACGCAGAGUGUCGGCUGGUCAGAGAGACACGACUCUGUCAGGUCCGCCAAUGUGACCUGCCGCUUACCCCAGCAAUCAAGAGGGUAAAGAAGUGCCAGCGUACAGUGCGGCCCCAGGAGCCAAUCAGGAUCAACUUUGCUGGCUGCUCCACAACACGCCGCCAUCGACCUCACACCUGUGGCUUCUGUGCGGAUGGGCGAUGCUGCACCCCUUCACUGACCCGCACCGUCCGCCUGCGCUUCCAAUGUCCCGACGGAGAGGGCUUCACACGCAACGUCAUGUGGAUCCAGAGCUGCAGCUGCAAGAAGAGCUGCCACAAUCACAGUUCCCCCUCAAGGCCCUCUGUCAGCCUGCACAAUGACAUCCACAACUUCAGGCACUGAGGCAAGCUUAGGAGGAUGCCCAAACCUAGCCUCAACACACUAGACAGGGCUACUGCAUGCUAACCUCUCCCCAUCUUCCACCCACCCUCUGCCCAGGGAUAGCCCUGCCUUUCAGUCCCUUCCUGGACACCAGCCUCUCCCUCCUGCACCAGCGCCAGACUAUGGGAGAGAGAGCCUCGGCUAGGUGGCCGUUCCAUCCAACCAGGCAGAACUAUCGCUUGCACUUUAAGCUUCCUGACACGUUGCCACAAGUUAUCUGAUAUGAGAGGUGUGGAGCAACUGCUCUCCACAUCCAGGUCCAGUGUCCCUUCCUUGUUGAUGACACAGUCACAGAACUGUUCUGGUGGAGGGGGAGGGACAGCACUGAGCACAACAGACUAUGGAUGGCCUGAUGUGACUUUCUUGAUGUAAUUUUGAACUUGUAAAUGAAUCAGUUUGGUUGUCUGCUUUUCCCCCUCAUUAUUUAUAAUUUGUAUUUGUUAACAUUGUCAAGUUCCUCUAUAACCACAGAGGAACAAGGGAAAAGGAAUGUAUAUGUAUGUAUGUGAAAGACAUACAUCACUUUUUGUCAUAAUAGAGAUGUGUAAAUUAGUGAGGCCAGUGAAUGUGUAAGGAUGUGAUGAGUGACGACCAUGGGCAAUCUCAUACAUUCAUGAAGUGUUUUGUCUGAUACAUCGAUGGUAGAAAGAGGACAGGAUAUCAUUCUACAAAUUCAUCAAUGAUUGUAAUUAACUGUAUAUUACAUUGUGUAAAGGUCAGUGUUUAUGUGUGUGAGAGAAGAUGAAAGGGCGAGAAACAGAGUGUUUACAUGUGUGUAUUUGUGUCAUAUGACAGAGUAUAGUGUACAGACUUCACUCUUAGUGGAGUGGCAAUUGAUGGAGAUCACCUCAUUUUCCGGGGUGUGUUUUUAUUGCCUCAUAGUAUAGAGACUUGUACUGGAGGGAAGAUUGUAUUUGAUAUAUUUAAGAUUUCUAUAUUGUUUGAAUUCUUAUCAAUAAUACUCUGAAAAAUUGAAUAAAAACAUUCAACAUGU